AUGGAACCGUCGGACGUUGAUAAUUGGACGCCCGUCUCUGAUGGGGGUGCUGAUGACAGCGAGACAACGCUUACGCGGAGGAACAGAGACAGUAGUGAAGCCAAUCUGCUAAGUCCAUUGAGUGAUCCGUUUGUUCCUGAAGUCCAGGAGCUUCCUGUGGAUGAUGAUGAGGCUGCUGAGGCUGUGGAAGGGCCCAAAUCGCCAUAUACAAGGAAGAGUUCACUGCGACGUAAAUCGGGCUCUUCGUUGGAUGCAGUUGCAUUAAAUUUGAAGUCUUCACCGGCAGAUCCGCAUCUUUCAGAUGUUAACUCCAUAUCAAGUACAGCCAGUAUGUCGGCUGGUAAGAAUUCGGCAUUGAGUUCAGUAAACGAUAUCAUCAGUAACAGUGAGAAGAACUCAAUUAAAUCAUCUGCAGAAGGUAUACAGCCUCCUUCGGGAGCUGCAACUUUUUUUGAUAGUAUGAUGUCUUCAUUAUCCUUCAAGCAGGGAUCCCAGCAGUCAACUCAACAGGGUCUAGAUACCAAGAAGGCUAAUCCUCCCGAUAUCAUAACGCACAGGAGGCAACCUUCGACAAACAACAAAAAGACUGGGAAAAAGGCCAACUCACCGCCAGAGACUAGUUCACCAUUGAAAGAAGUGGAAAAACCACAGGAAAUGGUUCGCAGAGUGUCGCUUCACGAUAACGAAACAUUUGAUCCCAAGAGAUUUGUUGGUGAGACUUAUUUAGAUACCCCAUUCCAUUACGCCAAUGCAGAGAGGAACGCAGAGUUUCACAGCUUGUUUAAAAAUGUACCAGAGAGCGACAGGUUAUUGGAUGAUUUCAGUUGUGCGCUUAGUAGAGAGUUUCUUUACCAGGGAAGGAUUUACGUGUCGGAAUCGCACUUAUGUUUCUCAUCGAGUUUGUUGGGCUGGAUAGCUAAGGUUGUGACGCCUUUCAAAGAUGUUACCUACAUGGAAAAAACCUCUACAGCGGGUCUUUUCCCCAACGCUAUUUCCAUAGAGACAGAGACGUCCAAAACUCAAUUCAAUGGAUUUAUUUCACGAGACACUGCAUUUACUUUACUUAAAGAAGUCUGGUCCAGGACCCUUUUAGCUCAAGGUGAAAAGCAAAAAGACGAGAGUUUGACGAAGUCAGUAUCCACAACAUCGAUGGAUCGCCACAUGGUGAGCCAGCCUGAAAAUAGAUCUUAUACCGAUUUGGUGCGACCUAGCGAGCCCCCAAGUAGAACAUCCUUUGUUAGCGAAAACGAUUCUAUCAUAGAGGAUGCAAUUAGAUCGGUCGAUGAUUAUACUCCAUCCCAUUAUGCAUAUGACUCUGGAGUAGGGUCGGAAGAUGAAGAUGACGAUGAAGAAGACGAUAAACACGAGGAGCAGUCCGCUGGAAAGCCCACAAGCUCUAAGACAAAAAAAAUAGGAUUCAAACUCAAACCUAAAGUAAAUUACGAGUAUGACGGACCUUAUUAUGCGAAAGCAACAAGCUUCCAGUACAAACCUGAGGAUAACAAAGAAACUGUUUUAGCUGAAUUAGAGUUAGACGCACCUCCAGGUGUCGUGUUUCAAUUGCUCUUUAGUGAGACUAAUCCUAAGUUCUGGCUGGAAUUCUUCAAGACUCAGGAUUCUUCACAGUUUUCUGAGAUUGGCAGAUUCGAUCAGGUAAAUCAAGAGGGUCAACAUUAUCGUGAAUUUACUUAUGCCAAAGGUCUGCAUUUUCCAGUAGGACCGAAAUCAACGAAGUGCGUGGUGCAAGAAACUAUUCUGCACCUUGACUACUCGGACUAUAUCAAUGUGUUGAAUAUUACUAGGACACCUGAUGUUCCUAGUGGUGGCAGCUUCUCCACAAGAACCCGGUACAUGUUUAGAUGGGCUUCAGAAACAACUUGUGCGUUGAAGAUUUCGUAUUGGGUAGAAUGGACCGCCAGUAGCUGGAUUAAAUCAAUGGUAGAGUCAAGUUGUAAGAGCGGUCAACUUGCGGCUACAAAGGACUUGGUAGAGCAUAUCAAGAGAUAUGUUGCUGAAAACACAGAGAAGGGUACCGUAAGUGUUUACACUUCGCCAUCCAAAGUUGGAGGCCGUAAAGCUAAGGUAUCAACUAGACCUCCUGCCGAGAAAACUACAGGAGAAGCAAGGUCUUCUGCACAAUUAUCGAACGAAGGUCGCCUCGCAGAGAAAGCAGCUGGUCAACCUUUUGGCGGCAGCGCGUAUGUUUUACCUUUGCUCUUAACAAUUACACUACUUUUGGCUUUGAAUCUUUUCUAUCAGAUGAGCAUCAAGCGUGAUAUGGACAGGAUCCAAGAUUUUAUUUCAUUGCAGACAUCCGGCAAUUGGGGUAGGGCGAAUCACCCGCUGAUUGAUUUACCGGCAAAAGCACCCUCCGCUAAAGGUGGACUCGCUGGGGAGUUAAAGAAGUGGCUAGGACGUACAAAGCCUCAGAACACGACGUAUGCAGAGAGCACCGUUGAACAGUUUUUGAGUUCUCUAGAGACUCUAUUGGCAGAAAUGGCUGAGAGAAGUGGUUAG